AUGGUGGUGACCAAAUGUGCUCAAAAUAACAUCUUGUUGAAGAUCAGAAGUCACAUCGUUCCCGAAGAUCGUAUUCCAUUUUCAGAAGAGUUACAGUCUUAUUCAGAUUUGUUCUCUCAAUCGGCGGCAAGUGCUGCAAAAUCAGAAGGUACGGCUGUCCGAUUUGAACGAGAGAGUUUCUAG